AUGCGAUCCCUCAUCACACUCUCGGCCCUCGCCAUCUCCGGCGCUUGGGCCCACGUCAUCAUGGUAGAGCCUCACCCCUUCAACCUCGACACUGCGCCCUUUGUGCAGGUCGAUCCUCUCGGCCCCAACGCCCCCUUCCCUUGUCAAGGCCGCACCGAGCACGCUGAGGAGGUGACAAAGGUGACUGCCGGAACCACCCAAAAGGUCAAGUUCUGGGGCAGCGCCGUUCACGCCGGCGGAUCAUGCCAGUUCAGCAUCUCCCAUGGCAAGGAACCCUCCAAGGACGUUGAAGGAUGGCGAACCAUUUACUCCAUCAUCGGCGGAUGUCCAGCCGAAGCCCAAGGCAACAUCCCCAGCAUCGCCAAGGACCCCCAAGGUCGUGAACACGGCCCCGAGUGCGGCAACGACAGCGGCAAGGAGUGUAUCCGCGAAUUCGACAUCCCAAUCCCCAAGGACAUGCAGAACGGCCCUGCCGUAUUCGCCUGGACUUGGUUCAACAAGCUUGGAAACCGGGAGAUGUACAUGGUCUGCGCUCCUAUUGAGGUUGUGGGAGGAAAAGACGACAGUUCAUUCGUCGACACUCUGCCUCCUCCCUUUGUCGCUAAUAUUCCGGGACAAUGCACCACUGGCCAGGGAGUUCUCGGAUUCCCUGAGCCUGGUGACUUUGGCAAGGUUUUUGAACCUGCGGGCCACGAUGAAUCUAGCAAGUGUCCUGCCGCCGCCGAGCCCAACUUCAAGGAACCUGCUGGCGGAGCCGCUGCACCCAAGCCUGGGACUCCUUCGAAGCCUGCAUCGUCAGUCGCAGCUCAGCCCAGCGUUCCCUCACCUCAACAGCCAAGUGCUCCAGCGCCCCAGCAGCCCAGUCAAGCACCCGUUCAACUCAGCGUCCCUGCGCCCGCGAAGCCCACUCCUGCCGCUUCUUCUGUCAACAAGCCGGCUCCUUCUAGCCAGGCUGCUGCCCCAGCCCCAGCCCCAUCCAGCGACGACAGCAACCGCCCUUGGUGGGCCGUUGGCAUGGAGCCUUGCCCCGUGCCUGGACAGCUCGUGUGCAUGUCGCCGACCUUUUUCGGUCUUUGUAACCGCGGCUGGGCCCUGCCUCAAGCUGUACCCAAGGGCACAAAGUGCCUUGAUGGCCAGAUUGUCGUGGACGUCUGA